AUGUUAUCCGCAAACAAAGCGGAGGCAGGAGGGUCUCCACCAUAGGCACGUUUGAGGAUCUGGCAGACCGUUAGUCUUGAGGCGACACACCCAUCAUGUCACAGACAAGCACUCACCUCGGGGACCAAAAAUGUCUGGUGGGCAUGGUGGAAUGCUCGGAGCUUGAACUUGAACUCGUUCGUGUGGUCGAUGAACGCCUCCAAAUCGCUGAUGGUGUAACAGUGCGUGUUCAGGUGCACCUGGCCGCGUAACAGAGCACCGAGCGACUCCCACCUUAGCUCCUGUGGAAGGUAGCUCCUGUGGUUGUACACGCCGUGGGCCGCAGCGGCGUCACACCAGUCAUCUUGCUCCCGCACCACUUUGGUUGCCUGUUCAAAGGCGUGGCGAAAGUCCCAGCUCUCGCCCAUCCUGCUCAUUGGCCCCGCCUCUCCUGGUCUUCCGUAGACUCGUUUGGCAUUCUCACCGCACGCCAUCUUCAUGUACCUCCAGUUCCGGUCAGGAUCAGCCAGCAGGUCGGCUGCGCUUGUCUCGUUUCUCCCAUCAGCCUUUCCAACAGCGUGCUUGAUCACGUAUGCCUCACCGCCCAUGUUGUUUCCGGACCCUGGCAGCACAAGACUUGUGGUUACGCCGCCGGACUUGAUCACCUGGAUCUGAGGGUCACCUGGGUGAAGGGCGUCGAUGGAACGCACAAAGGGACUAAUGUUGGCCGACAUCUCGUUGGUAUCCUCGUUGCCCCAGAGACUAGGCAGCGAUCCCACACCAGCGUGACUGUGCAUGUCGAUGAUGCCGGCCGUCAAGGGCCGGCCACGUGCGUCGAACACGAUGGUGUCAGACGCGACAGAGGACAGGUCGAUGGCGGCCUCGACCUUCUUAAUGAGUCCGUAUUCCAGGUAGACAUCAGAGCGAAUCCAGCCGUAGCCUUUUCCGUUGCGAGCAGCCUCGGGGUCGGUGCCUUCUUUUGGUUCGCCAACCCAGACGGUGGCGUUCUUGACGAGCGUGGGGGCAUGGCCGUCGAUGUAGCGGCUGUUCUUCUUGCGUCCGAGGCCGAUGGGAUCCUGAGGUUUCUUGCGCAGGGCACUACACGUGGCAAGGUCGUCCUGCAGGCGCUUGACCGAGAGGCCGUGUACUGUGAUGUCCGAGCCGGCCGGCGGCACAGAAGAUGGUGAGUGUGGGAGCUGCCUCCACUGGGCGUACGCGAUAAAGCACAAACAUGCUGAGAGCAACAGGCCGGCUGUUCUCCGAGCUGUCCUCCGACGGCUGCUGCGCCCUUGCCAGCGCGGACGCCCGGGCACGGGCUGUUGAAGAGGCAGACGGCGCUUUCCGUCCACGUCCAUUUUGACCCACGGAAGACUGUUGGAUGGAGAGAAGAAGAGAAGAGAAGAGAAGAGGGGAUGGAAUCGUCACCUCAUCCAUCCAGUGCCCGUUGUUUGCGCUGAGUGGGGGGCAUCUGCUGGCGGCGAUGUGAUCGGCCAAGCGAGCCAAUGAGGGGUUGUUGACAGAUGAAUAAGAGAACCCACUAACUAUCUGCUGCUAACUUUGAAGCGCCAUAUCUUGCAGGGAAGAAGAUAGUGCAAGUUGGCUCUCUAGGCCAUGGGGCACACACCAGUUGCUCCAUCAGCAUUCCAGGGUGCUCCAAGGCUUAUCUCAACAUCAAGGUUGACAAACCGUGAGGUGUACCUGAAGGGCGCCAGGUGUAGCCUCAAAUGCGGUUGACCACGACUAGCAACCAAUGUCAACAAUCCACUGCAGAAAUGAGCAUGGCGCAACAAUGGCUACCCUGGUGCUCCCAAGGCAAUCAAUCACCAAACAACCGGGCCGGGCUGCGGCUCUCUCGGGCCAACCUCAUAAAAUGCCCUCGAUAAUAACAACCCUCUCCUUGCCCGGUGGAAGAGUGCCCUGUUUGAGCACACGCCCUCGGGGAUGACUACGACAAUAUGCCGCCAGGAUACUAUGCCUUAUUGACCACGGCCAAACUCGCACUGCGAGAUGGCACAUCCACGUCACCACCGACACCCGAAGAGACAUCAGGAGUGGUGAUCCUGCUGGCCGUCCUGGGAAGCGUCGUGUUUGCUCUCUUGUUCUUUUGGGCAGUGAAGCGCUGCUACUGGGACGCGUGGUGGUAUUCAGGUACCUAUUACCCAAUACCUGCACCUCGGCCUGUGGAAGUAGUGUGGGCGCCGAACAAUAGCAACGACUACUGCUCAACUUGUUCAGGCGAAUCCCACAUCACGGUUCCCAGUACGAGCAGUCCAUCUUCAUCUCCGUCGCUUUCUGUCAAGCCUGGCGCCAGCGCGGGUGCGAUUCGUCUGAUCAGCAAGGAUGUCGGCGACGGCUUGGAGGAUGACGAGACGAUUAAACGCAACAUGAUAAUGCCUAAUGAUGCCACGAAUAAUGAACCAAGGGGUGGAAUGUUUUGGAACAAGAGAACCGGAGCAGAAGCAGGUGCAAGAACAUGUGUGGACUUGAAACAGCUGGACUUGGGGCCUUUCUCGAGCACAGUCAUGUCACAAUGUGGCACCGGGACGAGAGGUCUCCAAGAACAGGAACAGGUCGAGGAUUCUAAAUCGUGUAUCUUGAUGUAG